GGUGUGCAUAAAUCCUUUAGUGAGCUAGCUAGCUAGACAGUAACAUCCUAGAGAGGGUUGUCAGUCUGUCUGGUCUGGUUUUAUUGGUUGCACAGUGGGAAGUAUAUGGAUUGUUCAACAUGUUACCAUCACAGGUUUUUGUGUCCACUUGCAAGCGCAAGAGAGGACCAAACUGGAGCGAGAAAGAGAAGGUAGUUUUAGUCGACGAGUACAGACGACAUCGUCACGUCCUACGACCCAAGGGUUCCGCCACAUCCUCUGUGGUAGAACGUGAGAAGGCUUGGGAAGAGAUAUGUGCUGCCCUCAAGAUCGUCAGUGGGCCAUAUGUCAAGAGGGAUGUGGUGGAUGUGAGGAAGAAGUGGGACAAUCUAUGCUUCUGGGCCAAGAAAUGCAUCGCAGAAUGGAAGGAUAAACACCAUACAGAAGAUGGGAUACAAGCUGCACUAACUGGUGACCAUUCACCCCCAACACUAGCACUAAAGAUACUAGCUAUCUACCAGGAGGAGUGGGUUGAUCUCUUUCCUAAUGCACAGGUGGUAGACGGUGGAGAGGUCUUCUUUGUGUUCAACAAUGACAACCAUAAUACACCACAGGUUACGCAAGCUAACUCGGUGUACACAGCUGAUAAUGGAGACGGAAGUAAAGCUAAGACAGGAGAAGAUGAAGACAUCUUUGAAGUGGAAGAUGGGGAGGAAGAGAUCAAUGAGAUGAAGUCGGAAUGCUCACCAGCCGUACACGAAGAUACAGACGGAGGAUGGCAACCCGAUACAGUCCCCGGAGAGGAACAGAGCUACCAAGAUUUCUCUGUAGAUACCCUAAACAAACAACAAAAGAGGCCUCCCCCCAACCAUGUCAUAAACUCCCUCCCCCAUCAUUUCAUCCAGAGAAGGUACUUUAACCAAGCCUCUUCACCUCCUUUAGAUGACACUAGCAGUCUUCCUCAACCCGCAUCCUCCCUGUCUCCCAUUGUAACAUCAGCUCCACAUACAACCUCACCAAUUGCAAGUCAUCAUCACCACUACAUGCCCUACCAUCCCCACACAUCCAUUCCAUCAUCCUUUGUACCAAAUCAACAACUCCACACCAAGCAAACCACUACCAGCAUCCCCCGGGCUUCCUCCCCAUCCUCCAAGCGCAUGCGCUACUCUCAGCUUGCUGCCGAGGAUGGUCACCAUAGCGAUAUAGACGAUGAGAAGGACAUUGAACAACUCAGCAAGGAGCUGCUGAUUUUGAGGAAGGGAAAGCUUGUGCUUGAGAAGCAAAAGCUGGAGAUUGAAAAGGAGAAGUUGGUGAUUGAGCGUGAUAUCCUGGAUAUGCAGAGGGAGCGUCAGUGGCUUGAACUGGAGAAAGAUCGUAUGGCUAAUGGGCAGAUCAACUAGAGACUUGACAGUACUACUUAGAAUCUCUUCAGAGCCACAAGGACACUAACUCUUUGUUGAAUGAUACAAGUUAAUGCCCUUCUUAGCCUAGGCAGAUAUUUAUUCUAAGAUAUUUGUAACCAAACUGACCAAAGAUGCUUGCUAGUUUCCCUUUUUGUACUGCUUUAAUUUGUUUGAUUACCGUAGAGCUAACUGAUAAACCUUAAAUAUGUUACUUUUUUAUAUUUUUACAGUAUUAAAUGUUUUGUAUUGUUUUAUGUUGUAUUCUUGGCUGAAGAAAUAAUGCAAGAUUUAUGGAGGUCUUGAUUUCUUGUUGUUUAAAAAAUUGAUUGACUUGGCAUGUUACCAACUGUGAAACCUCCCCUGAAUAAUGCAUUAGUAGUAGGCUUCUUGUACUUAAUAGUAUAUUUACAAUCACUUGCCAACUGAAGCUUAUAACUAAUAACAGCAUUUAAACUAUUAAUUUCCUGACCUGUACAUAAUGGGACUUACUAUGUUUCACAGGGGUGGACCGUGAAUAUAAGAACUGCAUUUGCUUUUUAACUUUGAAAUUUUUCUGCCAUGCCUAGUCUGCCUACAUCUGGUCAUAGGCUAACAUUUAAUUAAAUCAGAAAAAGUUCUAUUAAAUUUUAAGUGGGGGAAACUGACUUAAUUUAAUUGAAUGAACAAGAAUUUCAUUUCUGGCAAUUCUUCCAAAGAAAGCUGUUUCCUAUAAGAGUUCAAAGUUACUUCAAAUACUCUUCCAUUGUCAGAAUGUAUCUUUUCUUUUGACAAUUCUUAUUAGGCUAAUUCUUAUAAAGGACACCGGCUGAAAGUGUAAAAAUAAAAUAAAUUAACUUUUUAAAACAUUUUUCUGAUUCAGAAAGAGAUUGAAAGUAUUAUCCAUAAUCCGCUUAUAAAUAAUAUUGAGUUCUCUACCCAUCAUAUUCGAAGUUUAUGAAUAAAGUUUACAUAAUUUCACGUCUUACAAGCCCUCAGUGAAUUCUGCCAAGUGCCGACAAACACAUGGUUAUUUAUUUUUGGCAAAUAAUACAGUUCCACACUAACUUUUUUGGAAGGGGGUCAAGAUUGAACUUCUUGGAGUCUGCAUGCAUGUGCCCUAUUUGACAAAAAUUGAUUGUCUGGAGUCUGGACAUAAAUUAUUUGCGCCCAUGUGUCCGGGCACCUGUUAGUGUCUAGCCCUGCAGUAUUACAUCAGGGCCCCGUUUCACAAAACUUGUCAUCAGUAACAAAUGACAGACUUUGUUAUAAGCUACCGAAAUCCUUGCUUCUGAUUGGGUAUCCACAGAUAUGUCACUGAUUUUUGUCAUAUGUCAUUGAAAAAGGCUUUGUGAAACAGGUUCUUGACCAUUUUGUGGACGACUCUGAAGAGCUUUGUAAGGAAUCUAUAAAUAUUCUAACCUUUGUCACAGCAAUAGAAAACAUUUGAAUGCGUGUUGGGAGGCAGCUUUAGAGCCAUCAAUAUAAAGAAUUUUCCAACCCCCAAACUAAGUGAUAUUUCUAAGACAGAAACAUUAUCUUUGCAACCCCCCUCCCCCUCCCCCUUGCCAACGUUAGGAAACAAAUGACGCAAUGUAGUCAGGUUUGCUUUGCUAUGAAGUUACUGUGGUAAGAUAUCUGGUUUAAGAAUUGCAAGUUUUUAUGUAAAUAUGAUGUAUGUUACCAGUUUAUCUUUCAGGGUGUUUUUUUUUAUAGAAAAUUUAACAUCACCUUUACAAGAGCUGUUCCUGAAAAUACUUGUACUUUAUUACAUAGAACAUGUUGUUUUGACGAGUUGUACUACAUAUCUAAGACUUUUCAUAUCAGUUAUGUACAGAAUACCUUGUUAUUGAGAAAAUAAUUUAUUUCAAAACCAAAUACAUGCCUUAUAAAUGUUGUUGUAUGCCAUAAAAGAGAGGAGAAUGUGGCAUGAUUUUCAGCAACUGAUCUAUAUGAGAGCAAAGUCUUGUAAACUUGGAACUUAAAGGGGGUGGAUCGCCAGUUUCCAUGUGCAGAAGGCCAUAAUUCGCUGACACCAGACUUGGUGGAAAUACCAUUAAUGGGGGUACAAAUUUACACACAGCAAACCCAUAGUCCAGUCAAGAAUUACCCCCUAAUCUCUCGGAGAGCUCGAGAGUCUUCGGGCAAUUCAAAGCAUUACAUAAGGUCCAAUGGUCAUAAAACUCAAGGCUAACCCUGGUGAUUGACAACACCUGUUAUUGGGUAAACACCCGAACGGUGUCGAAUUCCCCAUGAGAGCCGACUACUCAGUGACUUUAAUGUAUACCCAUAUCUACCUUGUGCCACAAAAUGAUUGAGUUACAAUACAUUACACCUGUUAGGUUGACUUGACCACAACUUUGACCCAACUUGAUAGAACAACAUGUUAAAUAUUUAUCAUUGUUUAACAAAAUUCAAGUAGAUAUUUGACAGCUGUGAUUGUAUAGAGAAAGAUUAUAGUUUAGUGUGUUGACAGAGAAAUUAGCCUCCCCCUUAUUUUCUACACUUGUCUGACAAACUGUCAAGCAAAAAAGAAUGUGGUAAUUCAUAAUUUUCUCUGAAGUUGGCAUUCCUUCUGUAGGCCUUUCUUCCAAAACAUUUUGAAUCCUAGUCUCCCCUCCCCCCCCCCCCUCUCCAAAUUUUUUUAUAAAGUAGCUUUAAAAUGAGUGACAGCCACACUAGCUUCUUCUUGUGGAAAUGGUUGAUCCAUUUCAUCUUAACAUCAACUGUUUUUUGAACAUUUUGUAAGACUAAACUGUAAUAAGCCAAAUACCUGCCAACUUUAAGUAAAAGGAGAUAUGUUUGUUAAUAAAGAAAUGUAUUUGUUACAUAUAUGAA